CGCUACAUUCACAUGACAGAAUAAUUAGCCAGACGUUCAGGAAUAGGACUUGACUCUUCGUCAGUGGUAGUGAUACUGCUAGCAGUAAUUAUAUUUUUAAGUAUUUAACUUAACCGCCUUAAGUUAUUUAAUUUUAACCGGCUAAGAUUUUAACACUGAAAAUUAAAUAAGCAUUGAUGUAAAAAACACAUUACUACCACUAUACCAUGCACGUCCAGUACCACAUUAUUCUGAACAUGUUUCAUUGAGCGUCCAACUCCAAGGUUCUUUUCUUAUUUCUGUGUAGGACCUCUAGAAAAACGAUUCCCUCUGCAAACAAGAUCUAAUACGUGUUGAAGAGUGGAUCACAAUGACUGGUGGUUCCAUAAGCAUCAAACUGCAGGUUGAGGUCGUCACUGCUCCUGGAGAGUCAGUCUGUGUAACUGGUAACCUGCCGGAACUGGGAUGCUGGCAGGUGGCUAAAGUUGUACCUCUUCAUCUUCAGAAUCCAGAAGCAAAUAUUUGGUCUGGAGUGAUACAUGUUCCCGGUGAUCAAACCAUGGAAUUUCGUUAUCUCGUAGCCAUACUCCUCGAACCGACAAUAGAAACUCCAGAGACUAAAGUGAUCGUUAGACGCUGGGAGACAAAUAUACACCCAAGGACUUUGAACCUUGUUAAUGAUCUUGAACUCGUUAACAAUUUGCCAGUGGAUGUGUUUGGUUGUUAUGAUGGCCAAGAGAAGAUACAGCAAGGAUGGUUAACAGAAGAAACUGUUGUUCAACUCAAAUUGUACAACAACUCGAUAACCAUCUGGAAAGGCAAAUAUCGAAAUGUUUCAUUUUCUGUGCACGUUUCUCCGGUUGAUCUUGGGAAACGAGAAUCAGAGGUAAAUAUUCACAGGGAGGACAGUGAACAAGAGAGCCACAUGGAGUUUGGUCGUUCAAAUUGGCCUGUUAUCGAAAUUGCUGUAAUGAACGAUGCCGAAUGCAUUUUUCACGAUCAAGAACAGUUUGGACACUUGUACAAUUCGGAAGAGUAUGUUGUCUUUCAGGCUCAGAUGCUGAAACCACACACAGUAGCCUAUAUGGUAGACCUCUAUGUACGUAACAUGGACAUUUCUUCUGAGAAUGAUCAGUGCAUUCCUGAACAUAUGGGUUUUUGUUACAUUCUGCCUAGUAACAUGCAGGGAACAACAGGGACCUGUACUAUGCCAAUUACUGGAAGUCGUCAACAGCCUAUUGGACAACUGACCUUGGAAUACUUGGUGGUGAAACCUUUGAAGAAUUGCAUGUGCGAUUUUCGCAUUUCAUACGCCCGGCAUUGGAAACGUAUACGAGGCUUAGAUGUUGGUCAUCGAGGGUCUGGGAAUGCCAGAAGAAGUGAUAAAAUUGAAAAUCUCUUGGAAAACACAGUAGCUUCUUUCAAUUAUGCUGCACGACAUGGGGCUGAUAUGGUUGAACUUGAUGUACAGUUGUCAAAAGAUAUGGUUCCAGUUAUUUACCAUGAUUAUCAUAUCUCCAUCUCUAUGAAAAAGAAAAAAGUAACGCAAGAACACGAAAAACUGGAUGUUAAUGUUAAAGAUUUGACAGUUCAUCAGUUACAGAUGCUGACGUUGAGCCCUUCAUCUAAAGGGGGACACAAUCAUGACUUCAGUGAAGAUGAUACUGAGGAUAAUCAACCAUUUCCAACCCUGAAACACGUGUUAGAGGCUGUUGACCAACAUGUUGGAUUCAAUGUAGAAGUUAAAAGUCCCAUGCAGUUGAGGGAUGGAACAUGGGAAGGUGAUGGACACUUUGACCUCAACAGCUACAUGGACAUAAUUCUCACUGAUUUACUCCAACAUGCUGGUUCUCGUUACAUCCUUCUAUCUUGUUUCCACCCUGACAUCUGCACUAUGAUACGUCUUAAGCAGAACAAGUAUCCUCUCCUGUUCUUAACACAAGGAGUAACUGAUAAGUACCCUCCUUACUUGGACUGUCGAACCUCCUCUAUCCCCAUGGCAACUUUCUUUUGUCGCAGUGCUGGAAUUUUGGGAGUCAAUGCUCAUACUGAAGAACUGCUCCGAGAUCUAUCUCUGAUAAGUUUUGUUACAUCCUGUAAUCUGGUUCUUUUCUGUUGGGGCGAAGAUAAUAACAACCGUGAAACUAUUCAACAACUGAAAGCAGCAGGUGUUGAUGGUGUGAUCUGUGAUAGAGUUGAUGAGUUUGCCUCCCACAAACAGGGGGAUAUAAUUUUCCUUCUUAGUCCUGAAAUUAAAGGAGGGGAAAAAGUUGCCAUGUUAGAAGCUGCAGGCUAUUCGAGCCUUUCGGAGUCGUCUGGCUAAUUGUACAUGCUUAAAGCAAUUAAGAAAUACUUCUAACGAUCUUUGUUAAUGUUAGUGGUGUUUACAUUAUAUUAACAGGAGAUUAAAUAAAAUUGCUUUUAAAUUUUACAGCACAAACAUUUUCUAGAAGUAAUAGCCAAGUUAUUUCACCUAAAAACCUUUACAUAAAGAUGUGUAAAUUAAUUGUUGCAUUAAAAUAAUUAGAUGAAGAAUUACUCUCUCUCUAUAUAUAUAUAUAUAUAUAUUUAAUCUGUAUAAUACUCUAUAUAACUUCAACCCCCAAAAUUAUGAUGUAUAUCAGGUGUGAAACUAAGUAAUUGAUAAAUAAAGAUUACUGUAAGAUGGGUAUGAAGAUCCCUUCUACAGUUUUUUUUCCACCUGGUGGUGAACAAUUACUACACUUGAAAUUUGAUUUGGUUAUUGUUAUUAAUUUAAUUAUGAUUAUUAUAAUUACUUUAUUUGUAUAAAGAAAAAAUAUGGAAAAAAGGCACAGAAAUAAUGAUGACUUGGUAUCCAUUAACUCAAUAAAUAAUAUUGUAUAAAAGAAUAAACACGAACCAAGGCUUGUUUUAUUAAAUAUGUACAUAUGUUUAUCUGUACAAUAUAUAUUCGAUAAUCACACGCAUUGUAUUAUUGUCUAAAAAGUUUUGUUUUUUGGAGGGGGUGGGAUUAUGACUAAAAUUGUUUAAGUAGUGUCGCAUUUUUUAAACAAACAACAACACUUAUCGAGUUAUUGGAUAUGGACUCUGGGAGUUGUAUUUUUAACUGCAGAGCAUGUCCCUGUACUUGCAUUUCUUCAAGGCUCUCCCAGGACUAUAGAUUUUGGAGUGGCCUGAUGUGCAAGUACCUACGGUUCCUACCCAGUGAAACCAGUCAAUCCAAUUUGCCGAUGUUGCUGGAAAAAAAUAAUCUAAUGAAUUAUACCUUGUGAAACUCCUACAAAUAAAUCUUAUUCAUUUAAACUUUAUUAUUUUUAGUGCACAGUGUAACGUUGAGAAUGUUUCUUUUUCUUCCAUAAGCCCCGUAGGUGUAAGAUAAGAUAACGGUGGCUCUGAAUGUGUGAACACACAAAUGGUGCUCAAUUUCUAUGUACCAAUCAACUGAAUUUAAUGUGGGUAUUAGGUUAUCUUAAAAAUUCAGUCUGUUUUGAUAAUUGAAAUUCUUUCAUAAGAAGAAUAGUUUUGUUUCUAAACUCUUAUUUUUUGUGUGUGUAAAAUAUUCAGUUUGGUCUGUAUUGUUAUAAGAAUGUUUUUUGUUUGUCUUUCUCAAAUAUGGUUAUAAUUUUAACCAAAAUUUUUUAUUUUGCAUCAGUAUUUUACAAAGAGGAUACUACCCUUGUAGUUUGCAUGAAUUUGCUGAAUAACUUAUAAGUUUUCUAUUAUUUUGAAAUUGUAGUUGCGAUAUAUGAAGGUGUGGGACAUAUGAUGUGAUUAUAUUCCAAAAUAUAAUAACUGCUUUUGAAUGAACGUGGGUUGAGAAAGCAAAUACAGUUUCACAACAUUGUAUAGUCAGGACUGUGUUUUAUCCUAACAUCUGAUAGAAACAUUAGGAAAUUUACCUUGGUUUUACAAGGCAUCAACAAGUAUUCCGUAACACUUACCUAAAAAAAAAUUCACGUGUUGUAAUUUGUUAAUAGAUGGUUCUUGUCAUUAACUGUUUUAUUUCUUUUUCCCAUUUGACAAUCUAGAAUAAGUACACAAGUUUUUGAACUAAUAAAUAACACCAUUUUACAGAUACCAUGAUUCACAGUGUUGUAAAACAAAUAAUUUUGUCAACAUACGUUCAUGCUGGUUUUCAAAUUUCGAUCCCUGUUUUACCACAUACAUCUUGCUAAAGCUUUUAUUUAUGUAUAAUAUUUGUUUAUACGAUCAUAAAAAUAAGUAUGAGAAAAACUUUAUAGUAUGGAUUUUGCUUGCUGAAUUUAAAUGUUUGUUUUUUUAAGCCUGUAAUUUAUUUCUGUAAAAAUGGUUUGUAAUUAAAAUUUAAACCAUUAAUAUUUUCUGAUGUAUACAGUUAAAUUUAAGCUUGCAUUGAUGGUUAUAAAGUUUGUUUUUUGGCUUUUGUUGAAUUACAUGGACUGGAAAUAAAGAAUUACUAAAUAAA